AUGUCUCUGAUAUUUUCUAACCUAAAUUGUUGUUUAAUCUCGUUCAAGGUUGAUGAGAAAGAGGAGACAAUUAAAGUUUUAAAUAUAAAACUCGAAGAAGCUGAAAAUAAUGAAAGUCGAAUGCAAAAUACAAUUUUCUCUAUGACAGAAAAAAUAGAAGAACUUGAAGGUUAUCAAGAAGAGAUAAAAAGUCUAACUGCUAAAUUAGACGAAGACGAAGCUAGAGAGAUGGAUUUAGGAAGGAAUAUUACAAUGCAGCAAGCAGAAAUAGACAAAUUAGAAGAUAAAUGUUCUCAAUUAGAAGCUAAAAAUAAGGAGUUAUGUGACAAGUUUGAACAAACGGAAACAACUCUAACAGAAUCACGAAAUCAAAACACAUUAUUACAGACAGAAAUAGAUAAAUUGGAAUCUGAUGUGAGAGCAGAGAAAGCUAAAUAUGAAGAACUGACUAAAGAAUUGGAUACAACUAAUGAUGAGAUGUCCUUUUACUGA